AUGUACGAGCAUCGAGCAUGGCUCACCACCAAGUGCAAGCCCCGCUCCCCCCAACAAAGUACGAGCCUGACUCCGCUCAACCAAGUACGAGCCCGGCUCCGCCCAACCAAGUACGAGCCCGGCUCCGCCCAAUCAAGUACGAGCCCGGCUCCGCCCAACCAAGUACGAGCCCGGCUCCGCCCAACUACAUACGAGCCGGGCUCCACCCAACCACAUACGAGCCCGGCUCCGCCCAACCAAGUACGAGCCCAGCUCUGCCCAACCAAGUACAAGCCUGGCUCCGCCCAACUACGUACGAGCCCGGCACCACCCAAUCACGUACGAGCCUGGCUCCGCCCAACGACGUACGAGCCCGGCUCCGCCCAACCAAGUACGAGCCCGGCUCUGCCCAACCAAGUACGAGCCCGGCUUUGCCCAACCAAGUACGAGCCCGGCUUUGCCCAACCACGUACGAGCCCCGCUCCGCCCAACCACGUACGAGCAUCGAGCAUGGCUCACCACCAAGUGCAAGCCCGGCUCAGCCCAACCAAGUAUGAGCCCGGCUCCGCCCAACCACUUACGUGCCCGGUUACGCCCAACCACGUACGCGCCCGGCUCCGCCCAACCAAGUACGAGCCCGACUCCGCCCAACCAAGUACGAGCCCGGCUCCGCCCAACCAAGUACGAGCCCGGCUCCGCCCAACCAAGUACGAGCCCGGCUCCGCCCAACCACGUACGAGCCCGGCUCGCCCAACCACGUACGAGCCCG